GUCUCGGGGACCAGGCUGCUUUCAGGCAGCAGGGGGGCAGCGCGUCUGCCCCUGUUCAACCUUGUAAGGAUGAUUCCUCAAAAAAAAAAAGCAGAAAUGGCGGUUACAGCAACAGCAGCAGCACAAGCUGCAGCGCCAGGGGCAGACGGUGCUAGCUUGCCGCCGCACGUGCCCACUGGGCGGCCGGCGGGGGGACAGCAGGCUGGUGGGGGCAGCGGGUCGGGGCGCCAGGGUGGAGGAGCGGGGCGGGCAGUGCCCCAGCCGCCGCCCCAGGCGGGGCCGCCACUGCAGACGUCACAACCGGCGGGUGGUGGUAAGGGCAGGGGCAGGGGCCUGGGCGUGCCGGCUGGGGUUUCGGCCGACACGACUGGGCGCGCUGGUGGGGGUGCGGGCAGUGAGGCGGAGUACGGGGCCGUUUGCCUGACCCGGGACACGUGUGUUGCCAUCGGCUCUGACCUCGUGACGCACCAGAACCGCUGCGCAGAUGUGCAGGGGUAUGAGUGGGCGCAGCUUGGCCGCGACACGCUUGGGGGCCGCCUCCUCGCCUACCUCCGUGACCAGGGUGCCAACGUACCGGACAAGGCCGUCUGCCGCGUGCCGGCCGGCCGUACCGCCGUCCUGGCACAGCUGCACGACGAGUUCACUGGCUGGUGGCGCCUAUACUCAGCCCAGCCUGCAGGCACGCCCCUGCCUUCCGACGUGACGGAGCAGCUGGAUGACGCCGCGCAGGGGGCGUGCCUUCCGUGGCGCCACUGCCUCGCUGCCAGCCCGGCAGCGUCGCCCCACUCCUGUGGGGCGGCUAUCCUGGCGCGGAGUCGGCUGUCCCUUCCAGGCUGCGUACUGCAGCCGCCGUCAACGGAUGCAGCGGGCCGUGUGGUAUGUUGGGAUUGGGACGUGGGUCACCUGCGCCUGCGCUUCGUGUGUGUGUAUGCGCCCACGGCCGUGGCGGACAAGCCUGUGUUCUUUGCCGGGCUGCAUCCCCACCUGGCCACGGACAGGGUGCUUGUUGUCGGUGGGGACUGGAACUGUGUCACCGAUGCCAGUCAGGAGGCGGCCCCUAGCCCGUCACGUGCUGCAGGUGCCCCGCAACUUGCCAGCCUCCUCGCCCAGUUCAGUCUGGUGGACCCUUGGGCGAGCAAGCGUGGCGGCGCCAAGGGCUACACGCAUCCGGCCAUACCCAAGCCGGCCACUCCCGCACGCCUGGAUCGGUGGUAUGUCAGUACCACCGCGGCGCCAUGGGUGGUGGAUGUCGCUCGCACGUAUGGGGCGCCUGGGGACCACAACGGUGUGCUGCUCACCCUGUCCUUGCCCGACCUGCCACAUGCGCACCGGGAGCAGUGGCGCUUCCCCACAUACCUGCUGUUUCACCCCUCGCUGCGCUUGGAGCUCGAGCAGCGCUUGGAGGCGCACGUUGCCGCAAAUCCCGUGGCCAGUACAGGUGACGGCGCUUGCACGCAAUGGGAGGCGGACAAGUUCUUCUUGCGGGAGGCCGCCACCAGCAUCCACCGUCGGCAUGCACGCCAGACCCGGGAUGGGCUGCAUGGCGUGGUGCUGGCCGCAGACGCGGCCGCUGCCCUGGCCGACCGGCCGGGUGCCAGCGCCGCGCAGCGUCAGGCUGCGGCCAUGGCCAACUUGGCGGUGCGGGAGGAGCGGGCAGCUGCCGCAGCGGCCAGCCACAAUGCCCGCGCUGCACUGAUGGAGGAGCAUGGGGAGCGGGGCACUCGCUGGUUCCAUCGGCAGGCUGACGAGCCAGCAGCCGGCGCGCAGGAGCCCAUCACGCACUUGAAGGUGCCGGGGCAACCGGCGCCUGUGGCGCUCACGGGGCCGGGCACGCGCAACACUGUCUCCGCAGCCGCCGCAGCCAUGUACAGCAGCACCAGCCCCACCGGCCUGUUCCGCGUGCAGCCGGUCUGUACGGCGUCGCAGCAACAGCUUCUGGCGGCCAUUGACCGCAAGGUUCCGGCGGAUCUGCAGGCCGCCGCAGAGGGGUCCGGUGACGGCGCCCUCAGUGAUGCCGAGCUGAUGGCAGCGCUGGCUGGCUCCGCCAAUGGUAAAGCGCCUGGGUCGGACGGGGUCCCGUACGAGGUGUACAAGGUUUUCUGGGCGCUGCUGGGUCCGCGCUUGUGUGCUGCUGCUGCCGCUGCCUUUGCUGCCGCUGCAGACGCCCACGAUGGCGGUGAAAUGGCGGCGGCGCUGCCCGCCUCCUGGCGGGAGGGCAUCAUCACGCUCAUCUACAAGGGCAAAAGCCUGGACCGCGCCGAGCUGGCGUCGUACCGGCCCAUCACGCUGCUCAACUGCGACUUCAAGAUGGUGUCCAAGGCCGUCAGCGCCCGCCUGCAGCCUGCCCUGGAUGCAGUUGUGGAUGAGCUGCAGACCGCGUUCAUCACCGGCCGCUGGAUUGGAGACAACGCGCUGUACCUCCAAGGCCUGAUCGAAUGGAUGCGCCUGGACGUGGGCGCGGACGGCACGCCACGGCAGGGUGGUGCGCUGUACUUCUUGGACAUUGAAAAGGCGUAUGACCGGGUGCACCGGCAGUGGCUGUAUGCGUCCGCGGAGGGUCUGGGGUUUGGGCCGCGCAUGCUGCGCUGGAUCCGCCUGAUCACUGCCAACGGCUCUGCCCGCGUGUGUGUGAACGGGAUGCUCUCUGACGCCUUCCCAGUGCUGAACGGCUUGCCGCAGGGCAGCACCGCCUCACCACCCCUGUGGGUCAUCCAGAUGCAGCCACUGACGUCCUUUCUGCGGCGGCAGGUGGAGCAAGGGGCACUGCGCACGCCCCUGUUACCCAGCGGCGAGCAGGCGCCACCUGCUGCCCACCACGCUUUUUUUUUUUGAGGAAUCAUCCUUACAAG